GACAACAACAGCAGCAGAGGAACCAAGAGGAAAGCAAACCUCGCCGGCCGCACCCCUCCAUCUCUGAUCGCCCGCUCAUUCUCAUUCAUUCAUUCAUUCCCCUCGCGUCGCGUGAUUCGAUUGGAUUCCGUUCCCCCGCCCCGUUCCGUUCCUUCAGCGCCGCUGCCGCUGCCGCUGCGGCUGCGCCGAGGCCCCAGCGAGUCCCCGAGGCCCGACCCCAAAGGCUGCGGCCUGCGGCCGUCGCAGUCCCAUCGAUUCCUCCCGCUUGGCUUUCCCACCCCUCGAAGCCGAAUCCGAUGGUUCCACCCGUUGACCGCCUCCGCCAUCGGAGGCCGCGCCGCCUCCUCCCCGCCUUCUUCCUCGGUCCCCGCGCCCGCCUCCUCCUAUAGAUAUACCGCCCGCGCAUCGCUCCAUGGCGGUCGGCGGCGACGACGACAGCAUGGAGCGGGACUUCGCCGCCAGGCUGCGCCUCGCGCAUUCGCCCUCCCCGGCCACGCCUGCCGCCGCCGCCUCAUCCUCCCCCACCGCCGCUGGGGGGAUCGCCUUCCGCGCGCCGCAGGAGCAGUUCACCGCCGACGACUUCGUACUCGGCAAGAUCUACGGCGUCGGCUCGUACUCCAAGGUGGUGCGGGCCAAGAAGAAGGACACUGGUCGCGUCUACGCGCUUAAGAUCAUGGACAAGAAGUUCAUCACCAAGGAGAACAAGAUCUCCUACGUCAAGAUGGAGCGUAUUGUACUCGACCAGCUCGACCACCCUGGCGUCAUCAGGCUCUUCUUCACUUUCCAGGACACAUACUCCCUCUACAUGGCGCUCGAGUCGUGCGAAGGCGGGGAGUUAUUCGACCAAAUUGUUCGGAAAGGUCGGCUCUCUGAGGACGAUGCACGGUUCUAUGCUGCUGAAAUUGUUGAUAUAUUGGAGUACUUGCAUGGCCUUGGCCUAAUUCAUCGGGAUGUCAAGCCAGAAAAUCUACUGCUUACUUCUGAUGGGCACAUCAAGAUUGCUGACUUUGGUAGUGUGAAGCCUACAAGGGAUACUCCUAUCAAAGUUCUCCCAAAUUCAACUACUGAAAGGGCCUGUACAUUUGUUGGAACCGCUGCAUAUGUACCACCUGAGGUCCUGAACUCUGCCCCAGCAACCUUUGGAAAUGAUUUAUGGGCAUUGGGAUGCACACUGUACCAAAUGCUUUCUGGCUCUUCGCCAUUUAAAGAUGCUAGUGAGUGGUUAAUUUUCCAGAGAAUCAUUGCAAGGGACCUCAAAUUUCCAGAGUAUUUUUCAGCUGAAGCUAGAGAUCUUGUUGACAAAUUGCUGGAUGUUGAUCCAGGCAAAAGGCCAGGUGCAGGACCUGAUGGUUAUUCUUCCUUGAAGGAGCAUCCUUUCUUCAGAGGCAUAGACUGGAAGAACCUGAGGAAGACACGGCCACCUAAGCUCGCAAUCGAUGCAAAUGCAAAUGAAGAUGAGGAUAGCCAAGAUUCAAAUUGGUUGGCACACAUGGGAAGUGUGGCAGUCAACCAACAGUCAAAUACUGUUGGUAAUAAUGGUGCCCCGUCAUCAUCUGAAGUGCGCUCCCAUAUAUCUAAAUUAGCUUCCAUCGACUCCUUUGACUCAAAAUGGCAAGAAUUCCUGGACCCCGGCGAGUCUGUAGUCUUAAUAUCAAAGCUGAAGAAGAUUAAUAAGCUAGCAAACAAGAAGAUCCAGUUGAUCCUCACUGACAAACCUCAAUUGAUCUGUGUUGACCCUUCAAAAAUGGUGGCCAAGGGAAACAUUAUUUGGUCUGAUGACCCAAGUGAACUCAGUGUGCAAGUAUCAGAUUCUUCACAUUUUAGAAUAUGCACGCCAAAGAAGGUGUCAACAUUUGAGGAUGCGAAACAGCGUGCUUGGCAAUGGAAGAAGGCAAUUGAAGACCUCCAACGCUGCCAAAGGAAUUAAUUUUCAAUUCAAAUCAAAACUCUAAAAUGUCGAAUUAGGCACUGUUAAUACAUCAUAUCCUUUUCACUUGGGAGGAACAUGAGGGGGUUUAUUUCUCCUGCAUCCUGCUCCAAUGCCUGGUUGCAAGGAACUUGCUACUCGCUAAUUCACACACUGAAUGAUGGCCCCCAAUUUUUUCCCUUCCCAUCCAUGUUUUCAAAUAGUACACAAUUUUGUUUGUCACUUUUGUGAACCGUUGGAGCAGAUAUCUUCAAAACAGGCUGCAGUCUGGAAAUAUUGACACAGGAAACUAUUUUAAC